AUGGCACCCCACAAGCGCACACAGGAUGACUCUGAUGAGGAUGAUGCGAGCAGCAACAGCUCCAACCCGACUCCCAAUAAAAGACGUCGUACCUCCGACGACAGUAUCUCCAUCUCCGGCGGCAGCGACACAAGCGAAAUAAGCCAUCAAACUGAUGCAAGAGGCCGAGAAAAAUCCUACGUGCCCUGGCAAGCCCCCCAAGUCGACCAGGAGGAUGAAGAUGCUCUAGAACAGCAGCAGACGCAAUAUAUCCAUGAUAAGCACCACGGCGAUGAACCGAAUAUACCCGCUGAUCAUGGAAUCAUUGAGCGUGUGGACUGUUUCAACUUCAUGUGUCAUGAACAUUUUUCCGUGGAUUUGGGACCUCUUAUCAAUUUUAUUGUUGGAAAGAAUGGAAGUGGAAAGAGUGCGAUUUUGACGGCGCUUACGUUGUGUUUGGGUGCGAAGGCGUCUGUUACGAAUCGAGGGCAGAGUUUAAAGAGUUUCAUUAAGGAGGGGAAAGAGUCUGCAACCAUUAUCGUUCGUAUCAAGAACCAGGGCGACGGUGCAUACAUGCCCAAUGAAUAUGGCAAAUCCAUCAUCGUGGAGCGUUCAUUCUCCAAGAGCGGAACGAGCGGUUUCAAAAUCAAAAGCGAGGCCGGCAAGAUCAUCUCAACGAAAAAGGGAGACCUUGACGCUAUCACGGAUUACUUCAACCUGCAAAUUGACAACCCUAUGAAUGUGCUUUCACAAGAUAUGGCUCGUCAAUUCUUGAGCUCUUCAAGUCCCGCGGAAAAGUACAAAUUCUUUGUGAAGGGUGUUCAGCUGGAACAGCUGGAUAAUGAUUACCGCGUGAUUGAAGGAUAUAUAGAUCAAAUGAAAGAGAGGCUUGAGGUUCAGAGGGAAGAUCUGAAAGUACUUCGAGGGAACAAGGAAAAGGCGCAGCGCAGAUUGGAGCUCUCUGAUCAACGCAAUACCCUCAGGCAACGGAUCCGGAAUCUUCGGGCACAAAUGGCUUGGGCACAAGUCGAGAACCAGGAGAGGAUUAGGGACCGAAUCCAAGAGGAGAUUGCUAAACUUGACGGCCAGAUCGCCUCUGCGGAGUCGGCCACUGCUAUUUUUGACAGGAAAUAUGAAGAAGCUGAGCGUGAACUUGAGACUGCGACCGAGCUCUUGAACAGCACAAAGGAAGCAUUAAGUAAGGCUCAAGAUGAGAGUCAAGUACUGAAAGAUGCCAACGCCCAGGAUAUGGCCGAACAUCAUGAUAUCAAAGCCGAACAACGUCGAAUCGACCAAUCGGUCAAGAGUCUUAAUUCGGCGAUAGAGGCUCUCAAACAGCAGAUCGCUGAUGAGAAUAAACGCCUUGCAGAUAUUGCCGGUGGUGACAUUGCUCGGAGACAAGAAGAACUCGCACAUCGAAGAGCUGAAGCCGAUGAAGCCGAAGAGAAACUGAACCAACAUCAAGGCGGUUUCAAAGACCUGCAGGACGCAGUUCGCGAUGCCGAUCAGAUCGUGAAGCAGGUCACUGCGCCCAUUCAGAAACAGAAGCGAGAAAUCGACCAAGCGGAAACUUUGCUUAGGUCACUGUCUAAAGAUCGUGGGCAGGCCCUCUCUGGUUUCUCUGAGAAGAUGCCACAGCUUUUGAAUGCGAUUGCUCGUGAGAAGUCUUUCAACCAGCGUCCAGUUGGACCGGUGGGUAAUCAUGUCAGACUCAAGAAACCAGAGUGGUCUGCAGUUAUAGAGCAGUCCUUGAACAACACGCUCAACAGUUUUAUCGUCACUUCGAAAAAGGAUAUGAAUAUACUCAUGCAGAUCAUGCAAAGACUAAACUGUGUUAUGCCCAUUCUCAUCGGAAGCAACGGUGCUAUUGAUACAACAGCAAACGAGCCAGACAAGCGGUUUGAUACUAUAUUAAGCGUCCUCGAGAUUGAUGAAGAUAUCGUUCGUCGGCAGCUGAUCAUCAACCAUGCAAUUGAGCAGAUAGUGUUGAUUGAGAACGUAGAAGAGGCGUCUAAGAUUUUGUUCGAAGGCGGCCGUGUGAGAAAUGUUAGACGUUGCUUGUGUAUUGACGCAAGAGAUCGACGUCGAGGUGUUACUCUAUCUUAUGGUCGCACUGGGGAGCCUAGUCAAGCUCCUAUUGCUCCUUAUGUCGGGCGGCCGCGUAUGAAGUCGGACAUUGAUUCGCAAAUCAAAUUUCAACAAGACCACAUACAAGCGCUUAAGAGGGAAUUGAACGAACUGCAAUCAAAAUAUACAGCCUCCCAAGCCGAAUUGCAACGACGCAUGCUUGCACUGACAGAACACAAAACGAAGGAAAAUGAGCUGAGAAUCGAACAACAGCGACUUUCAGAUGCAGCCGAUGCACUUGAAGAUGCCCUUGAAAAAGACCAAGUGGUCGAUGGGAAGUUAGAGACGCUACAAAACACUCUCAAAGAGAGAGAGGGAGAGCAAAAGUUGGCCGUCAAUUCUCUGGAUGAUGCCAAGGCUGCGCUUGACAGCAUGAGAGAGAAAUUGCUGAAGCAAAGAAAGGCUAUCUCUGCGAAGGACGCUGAGAUUAAACCCCUCGAGGAUAAUGUGGCCAUUGCGGAAAGUGAACGCCUUAAAGUUGAGACUCAGAGACGAGCAGUAUUGAAUGAGAAAAACCAUGCAUAUGAACGCGUCACCGAUUUGAAACAAGAACGCGACGCGAGGAUUGGGAACAAAGAAGAGAUGAAUACUCGUGUAACUAAUUACAUUGAGCAGGCCAGCCUUGUAUCGCCUCGGGUUCCUGUUGAUGAAGGCGAGACCGCUGAUAGUCUUGACAAGAAGUUGGAAAAGCUUUCUAAAGACUUGGAUCGUUAUGAUCAGCAGAUGGGCGCUACACGAGAGGAGAUAGCCGGGGACUUGCUCAAUGCAAGCAAAGCCGUUAAAGCAGCCGAGACAUCGUACCAGAGCACCGAACGACUGGAAAAGGAACUCAAACGAUCAAUCAACUACCGUCGUGAGCGAUGGAAGGUGUUUCGAGCUCAUAUCUCGUCUCGUGCCAAAGCCCAGUUCACAUAUUUGCUCAGUGAAAGAAGCUUCCGUGGCCGACUUCUCAUGGAUCACGAGGCUAAGCUGUUGGAUCUUCAGGUCGAACCUGAUAUCACCAAGAAUAACGCAGGAGGCCGUGGCACAAAAACGUUGUCCGGUGGCGAGAAAUCUUUCUCUCAGAUUUGUCUUUUGUUGUCACUUUGGGAAGCCAUGGGAUCGCCAAUCCGCUGCCUUGAUGAGUUCGAUGUCUACAUGGACCACAUCAACCGGAAAUCGUCCAUCGAUAUGCUGAUGUUGGCUGCAAGGAGAUCGAUUGGUCGUCAGUUUAUUCUCAUCACUCCUGGAUCAAGGUCAGAUAUCAGUCUUGCUCCAGACGUCCGAGUCAAAGAACUCGCAGAGCCGGAGAGAGGACAGAGUACAUUGACGUUUCGUGCGUCUUGA